ACGUCGUAGCGGCAGGACAGGACGCCCCAAGGCCACUGCUGCCAAUCACUGCUGGACUCGCUGCUAUAAAGCAUAACGCCACCCACACCUCACCGUAGUCCAUCUCGCAACCAUUCGACAUGCAGCUUCUGAUCCUCGCCGCCGUAGCCGCCGUGGCCUUCGCCGCCCCAGAUUAUAGCAAAACUCUGCCAUCCGAAGACCACUCCAGCGAAGAGGUGGUCGAGGUGGUGGUUCCCAUUCUGAGGGACGACCGCGUGCAGGAGGAGGACGGACGCUUCAGCGUGGACGUGGAGACAGGCAACGGCAUUGUUCUCUCCGAGUCUGGCUCUCCUGCAGGGCCAGACGGUGCCGUGGUGAUGGCCGGAGCCUACGCCUACACCGCUCCUGACGGCACUCUGGUCGAACUGAGAUUUGUGGCUGACGAGAACGGCUACCAACCAGAGUCUGCCCUGCUGCCCGUGGCCCCCGAGUUCCCGCACCCCAUCCCUCAGUUCGUGCUGGAUCAGAUCGCCUUCGCCGCCGAGGAGGACGCCGCCGAAGAGCUCGCCAACGUGUCCGUCGAGGAGGUCGCUACGACUUACGCUGAACCAAGCUCCUCCGAGGAACAAGUCCCCGCAGCUGCCUCCAGUGUGAAUGAAGCCCCUGCAGCUCCCAUCAGUGUGAAUGAAGCCCCUGCAGCUCCCGCCACUGUGUAUGAAGCCCCCACAGCUCCCAUCAGUGUGUAUGAAGCCCCCGCAGCUCCCCUCAGUGUGUAUGAAGCCCCCGCAGCUCCCCUCAGUGUGUAUGAAGCCCCCGCAGCUCCCCUCAGUGUGUAUGAAGCCCCCACAGCUCCCGCCACUGUGUAUGAAGCCCCCGCAGCUCCCCUCAGUGUGUAUGAAGCCCCCACAGCUCCCGCCACUGUGUAUGAAGCCCCCACAGCUCCCGUCAGUGUGUAUGAAGCCCCUGCAGCUCCCGCCACUGUGUAUCAAGCCCCUGCAGCUCCCGCCACUGUGUAUCAAGCCCCUGCAGCUCCCGCCACUGUGUAUCAAGUUCCCGUUUAGCUGAUGAUGAGACGCUUCCAUAACGUGAAUUGUAUGCCUUCCUUUACUAAAUAUAUCAACUGUUUUGCCUCA